GCGCUACGGGCAGAAAAUUUGCCACCGCGCCGACCAUUGCUCGUGUGCAGGUGCUUGUGGGCUGGUUUAUGUUGUCCGGGUUUUGUUGUCUUCCCCCAAUGAUGUCCAGUUUAGCCUGAAACAACGCUGUUUUAUAUCUACGUUCUAGCACCGAGCCCUUUCCGCGGCAGCCCUCUGGCAUGAGCCGCUGUGACCCUUAGCAAGUUACGCCACCGUCGCCAAAUCUCCCAACCCCCCUGCCCCCAUCCCCAUUUUUUUUUUCUCUCCGUUCGACGACCCAUCAUCGGUGCGAUCCCACAUCAAAUCAUGUCCGGCAGUGGAAUCGUGAGCGCGCAGGGUACCGUGGUUUUCACUUUGCCUUCCGCGCCAGCCGCAGCAGACCCGCUGCAGCCCGUGGCGCAGAGGUCUACGUUAUCUCCCGACGCGUCACCCUUCGUGCCCAAGAACUUCGCUGUGUCCGUGGUGGCAGCGGGAACUCCACAAGCGCCCUUCGCUGCUGCCUCGACAUCCCCAGCCGCAGUUGCUGUGGCUGAUGGCGACGUGACGUACCCACCGCCGCUGCCUCCUCCGAAUGUUCAAACCUUCUACAUCACGGGUCUGCCUGGAUACUAUGCUCCGUACGUGCCGACACCAACAGUACCUCUCUACGCCAUGCAGUAUCUGUACCCACCCACACCACCCAUGGGUGUCUGCUGCCCUAUGGAGGAGAGCAUGCCAGCGGUGGCUGAUGAACCACCUAUCACCUCCGUGGUGACUCCUGCCACCGCAGCUACUUCUGUGCAGGCAGCAGCUACAGCAGCCCAUGAUGCAAAAUGCCAGAAGGAACAAAAAGAAAAGCAGAAGCGGACGCCGGAGAGAAAGCACAUCACAAAGAGAUUCUAUGGCUGAUGGAAACGCCAGCAUCACGCCUGACUUUGGGCAAGCUUCGGGGAGGAACGGCGGUGCUAGUGCGGCGAGGGUUACCGCCGUCGACCAGGACGAGUGGCAGGGAGGGCCUGCCAGCCCGGACUUUUCCAGCAGCUCCGAGUUCCCCUCGCUGCCUGUGCAGGACUUUCCGCAGCGGCAGUCGCCCUCGGGCAUCAGCUACUCCACAGCACUGCAGCAGCAGAAAGCACCCCGAACACCUGCAGCUCCCUCUGGGGUUACGACAAACAGGGAAAUAGAGGAGCUAGCAUCACCGUCUGCGGCAGGUGUGAACACGCGAAGCAGCAUGCAGCAGCAAGGACGUCGCGGUGGGGGCAACAACGGCGGCAACAGCCCACAUGAUGUGAAUAACAAGCAUCACAAAAGAAGCAACUGGUCACGCAAGCACCGGCGUGGUGGCGGUGGGGGUGGCACGAGUGAUGGGGUCAGGCGUGCGGAAGAUGCAGAACCGUCAACGAGGCUGCAGCAUCACCAGCAAGAGAAGAGGGGCUCAAGGAGAAGCGGAGGAGGAAAGGCAAAUGCACCGACCAUUGACGGAGGUGCCGAGAAACAUCAGUUUGAGGCCCCCGAAAAGGACAAAUCGCAGCUGCGGCAUGACACAGAGGCCAUUGGAGCGAAUGUAACUCGGGAAUGGUUUGGCAGUGGCCGUAUGCCUCGUCAAAACGGCGUGCGAGUGAACGCUGCACGAGGACGACGAGAGACGCGCCACUCGUCAGUGUUUCGUGGAGUGCUGAAAGGAGAUGGGAGCAGGCAGCACCACCAACAAGGCGGACGUGGGGGAGGAAGCCGCAAGGGAUCAGACUCUGAUCGCCACUUGCCAGUAUUGGAGGACGGCCAGCGCGAAGUCGACAAGCCAGCACUGAGGAGAAGCUGGAACUCUGGAAGCCCUGCCAGGCAGAAGCACUCGGUUGACGAGUAUCCGCCGCUGGGCAGCAGAGGCACUGGAGACUCGGAGCGUUCACCAGACGCACGGAUGACGAAAGCAGACACUAAGGAUGCCAUGGUUAAACAGGGAGACAACAUUCCAAAGCAACAGCCACAGACACCUUUCAGGGAAAAAGGGAGCAAGCCUGUGAAGCCCCUGGCCUCAACCAAUGGGGGCAGUGCUGGGCCCAAGCACAAGGCGGCCAUAAGCAUGGCCAUUGCUGAUAUCAUGGUGCCCAAACAGAGGCAGCCCAAGAAGCUUAAGGAGAAGGAGAACCUGCUUGAACGAAGCAGCAAGAAGCCUGAGGUGGCCAGGUGUGGCUUGGUGGCGAACCGCCUGGAUUCCUCUGCACCCAGCAAGAAGCGGGGCAAGGAGCGCGAAACUCCGGCCCGCAGAAAGCUGUCGGUCAUGAAAAAAAUAAUCAUCAAGGAGCGCGAAGAUCGUCGUCAGCGUCGCGAGAAGCUGCGACUCCUCACGGCUGCCAGGCAGGGCUGCCUGGCAAACUCGGCAUCGGAAGUGGUCGUCGAGCUGGACCCAGCAACGGAGAGCAACGAAGAAAUUGGCCUGCAGGAGACGCCGCUGUCACGGAUCGAGCCGAACUCGGAAGCACAGCCUGAAGUGAAGCAGUUGCACUCUACCAGAUUUAGGGACUACUGUGACCACGUCCAGAGUCCCGAGAUCAACAAGACAACCAAGGCAUUGCUUGCGGAUUUGGUGUUUUACCAGGACCGACUGUACCAGAAAGACCCCAUCAAGGCCCGAUCCAAGCGGCGUUUAGUGUACGGACUGAAGGAAGUGCGCAAGUACCUGCUGCUCAACAAACUCAAGUGCAUCGUUUUCGCCCCGGACAUCGAGGAGGUGAAAGGCGCAGGGGGCUUGGACCACUCGCUGCGCGACAUGAUUGACUACGCACGCGCGCACUUCGUACCCAUCGUGUUCGCGCUGAGGCGACGCCACCUGGGAACUCUUGCCAAGAAGAACGUGCCUGUCAGCUGCGUCGGAAUUUUCGACUACAGUGCACGGGAGGCACAGUUCAAGGAGCUUCUCGAACUGGUGAGCGCAGCUAGGGAGACCUACGCGAAACUCAAGCAAGAACUGACCCAAGACGAUUCUAUAUCGUGUGCUGGUCGAGUGGUCGACAAAGAGCCCGAGUCCACUGGGAGAGUACGCUGCGAGGACGACAGCGCAUCUGUCGGUGUCGUUCUCGACGACGACUGGGUCACUGCGAACGAGGAGUCCGAUGCAGAAGACUUCGAGAAUUCGCUAACGACGGUAGCUGCGUCGAAAAACCUUGACUCACUAGCCCAGCUCCUGGCUUUGACACUAAGGUCGGCUGGCCGCGAAUCGUAGUACACGAUGUGCUCAUUUCUCUUCCAAAGCGUAUACAUGUCCCUGUUUUGGGCGGACGUAUUUGAACGACGUAUGUACAUGUUCUCCCGUGUUUGUGCGUGUGUGUUAUGGGUAGAAAGUGUCUCACAGACUUGUAAAAUUGUAGACUUUGAACUAGUGCUUCCGUGUGGUGAAUACAAAUGCACAAAUGGCAAAGAGUGCAAAGGAAGCCGCACGAACGUGCAUGCGUGGAGCGAAAUUCGAGCAGUUGUGCCCUCUUGCAAGCGUGUACAUCCUAGCAAACGAUAGUACACUUCGUGCGUGUGUGUAGUUAAUCUUUUUUUUUUUGCGUCUUGCCACAGUGAUAUUAAUACACGUGUUCUUCAUGAUGACGUGCCCAAUGUUCGUGCCAAAAACUGCGUCGCUUUGUCGUGAAAACAGCAAUCUUGAGUGAGCUCUCUUCAACCUUAUUUUCUGAGUGCACACAACUGAGUCUUCGAUAUCAACAAAAUGCAUGCGUGUGUUGCGUGAGCGAGUGGUGUCUUGGCAAGGUUACGAGUGCUGUAUAUAGUAGUCAUAAAACCUGUAUAUAGUCAGCAAAUGACUGGUUGCGAGCCGUGUGGGCUUCGUAUUCACGACGAAUUGUGCGUGCAAGCCAAGGUAAAUAGUAAUUAAGUUAUGACGUUCUCAGCGAGCUACCUUUUUCGGGGGAAGGGGGAGAGAAUUAACUCAUUCAGUUGCGUUCCAAUUCGCAAGGAGUUUGCAUUGAUGGCAACAGAGUUGUUUGCUAUGACACGCUUAAGUGCUAGAAAUAGCCAGUUUCCUGCAAAUUAAGGGCCCCUACAAACAACCUCACGCGCGCUCGUCGCGUCUUAUCGCUGCUGAUGACGAAACCGCGCUGAAGUUGUUCAGCUGUAAGGAUUGCCAAUGGUACAUUGUGUAUAUAAAU